UUGCCUCACGUGUCACGUGACGAGAACCCGGAAUAAAGAAGCCCAACAUUUAUGUGGGUGCUCUUUCCUCUGAUUACAGCCUGCUAAUGAAUAGCUACAUCCUGAAUGCAUAGCAACAACAGGCACUCCAGCUUCUAUAACAACACCGCUGCUGGUGAUUCUGCACCUGUCGGGCAGGAUGUCGUCUGCCAGGGAAAGAUCCUGGACCUUUGUUGCCCCCGCACUGGUGACCUUGAUUCUGCUGGAUGCUGUUGUUAUUGCACAGGCGAAGAACUUUGAGGAUGUUCGCUGCAAGUGCAUCUGCCCACCGUACAGAAACAUCACUGGCCACAUAUAUAACAGAAACGUGUCCCAGAAGGACUGUAACUGCCUCCAUGUAGUGGAGCCCAUGCCGGUGCCUGGCCAUGAUGUGGAAGCUUACUGCCUGUUGUGUGAGUGCAAGUACGAGGAACGAAGUAGCAACACCAUCAAGGUAACCAUCAUCAUUUACCUGUCUGUUGUUGGUGCACUGCUGCUCUACAUGCUGUUCCUGCUGCUGGUUGAUCCUCUAAUUCGCAAACAUGACGCCUACACCCAGCCUCUGCACAACGAGGAGGACUCUGAGGAGAUGCGUCCGACGGUGGACAGCGCCCAGGCCAGAGGAAACACCGUGCUGGAGCGGGUUGAGGGAGCACAGCAGCGCUGGAAAAAGCAGGUUCAGGAGCAGCGCAAGACAGUUUUUGACCGCCACAAGAUGCUUAGUUAAACCCAGAGCAGAUCUAGAGAAGGUAACUUACCCGGGCUCAGCGCUUUUACACUGUCUCACCAGCUGCACUAUUACUAACCUCUGUCGUCGCUGUGCACUGCUGCACCCUCUGAAUAAGCAUUUCUUCACUUAAAAAAAUUUUAAACAUAUUUGUCUCGCAAGCAGACAUUUUAUUUGAAUAUUAUAUGUAACAUUUUAGGCUACGUUGCAGCUGUGAAAAAACUGCGUGUUUGGGCACUGUGAAUGGCUAGAAAUCAUCUCAAUCAUUUCAGCAAUUUGCAAUGCAACAGAUUUUGAAUGUCUCGAUAAAGUAAAAACCUAUUUCUCUAUUAUGCCAGACUGUGAAUAGCUUUUAAGCUUCUCUGUAUUUAUUUUUCUUUAGCUUCCUUCCAGUGUGGUACAAUAUUAAGCUGUUUUCCUUGUAGCAUAAUUUAUGAAGUUACCUCAGAACAGGUAAACUUUAUGUAUGUGAAUGGUCAAUUUAGCAAUUUGGGUAAUGAGUACCCAACCUGUGCUACUGUCAACUAUCACACAUUUCCUAGUUUAGCAGUAAUAAUGUUUUAUAUGUGGCAAUUAUUUCUCUUAUUUAUUUGUUCCCCAUGACUGUGCAUAGUAACCUGGGCAUAUUUAGUGCCAUUUGCACUAAUAGAGUAAUUCAAGGAUUGUACAUUUUGGGCUUUGUAAUUUUUAAGGUGCAGUAUGUCACUCUGGAGAAAGAUAGUCGAUUGUUGAGUCUCAUUUCCAAUUCACCAUGGUUUCCCCCAGAAAAGUUUUUUCUAGGUGGCAAGUAUAUUUUGAAAGAGCAGCCAACCUGACGUGACAUGAUCCAGCACAAUUUAGCGGACAAGUGUCUUUUUUGACGGGGGCCAACAACAGACUUUGAUUUUAUUUUGAUGUUUACAAUUCAGCAAAGUUAAAUUAAAACAUAGUUUUAUGUGUAAAAAGCAGCAUUUGGUCUCAAAUGCAUAUGAAUAUGAUUCAGAUUUGUUGUGUAUUCAUGAGUGCUUGAAAUGGGGAGACAAAACAAGAUUUUGCAUAGGGCCUUUAAAAUGCUAGAAAUGGCCGCUGUUAGCAAGUGUGUCUGCUGACAAGAUGCAGCCGUCAUGGAAAAGACGCAGCAUGAUGAUAAGGACGAAAUGCAAUAGAGAGAUCUCGUCACAGCCUUAAGUCCCAUAGCAGAUGAAAAGGAAUCAGUAGCAUGAUUUUUUUGUGGAGUUUUAACUCCUCAUUGUUAACAUAACAGUAACACUCACUCUAUGUGCAAAUGUUGGCUGCUAACUCAUUAGCGUCUACGCAACGUUACCGUUAAUCUCUAACAGUCUAACGUUAGCUAAGUGGUAACAUUAACAAUAAUUCUAGCAAGUGUACCUCAUGGACUUGGGUUGAAUUUCCCAUUAGCUGCUGCUGUCAUGAGGUCAGAGGCAGGUGACUCUGUGCUGUGUGUGCAGUCAGUUUCAUUUUCAUUGCUGUUCAUUAAAAUGUUAGCAGGGUGCUUUUCUUUACUCUCUACUUUAAUAAAUUCCUUAAUGAUCAGGCCAGGUAGAGGUCAACUAGACCAGGUGGGCCACUUGGCUUGCAAUACACUGGUGGAAACCCUGGGUUGAUAGUUGGACAGAAGCACCAACCCACAGCUUCAGUAUUUGAUGAUCUGGAAAGACUCAACAAUCAGCUAUCUAGAGUUGCAUACAGCACCUUUUAAAGCUUUGACGUUGCUACCUUUAAGAUAGCCCCAGUAUGUGCCUUUUCUGUCUUCUCUCCUUGUUUGGGUGAGUUGCAGCAAAUUCCAGUGCAAAAUGUGGCUCUGAAAAGUUUGAAAUUCACAGUUUGUAAAACAUAACAGAUGAUAAGGUCUCAGAAUACAUUUUAGCAGGUGUAACAACCACCAAGUAGCUGUUACGUUUUUAUAAAUUGAAUCUUUUAUCUUGAAUUUACCAGUGGAACCUGAUUGAAAAGAGAUUUGUUCAGUAAAGCAGACACCAGGGCACAUUUUUUUUUGUCCUGUAUUUUGCAGUAGAGUUUUAACAUACUUCCCCAUGCAAAGAGAGAAAUGGAGAACGGGGCAUUUAACAGAGCUUUAAAGCCAUCCUCAGUGUAAUCAGAUCUCUGCCACUGGAGAAUGUCCUGAAUCAGUAAAGCUGCUGAUAAUGCGUUUAAGUGUGGCAGAAUCAGGAUGCCUUGUGGCGUUGAAGGGCCCUCAUGUGCAUCAUCAUGUGUCAGUGAAUUCCCUCUCGCAGCCUCCUACUGAAGCUCCCUGUUGGGGAGAUUUUAAGACGACACACCUCAUGCACAAUAUGAUCUAUUGAAGUUUUACUGGUUUUGGUUCUCAUCUUUGUUUGUUUUUUGUAUCAAUGAAGUGUUUUUGAUUGAUUGAUGUAAAUAUGAUUUUAUAACACUGGUAUCAGUGUUUUGUAUUUAUAUUUAUCUCCAGCCUCUCCGGAGUUUUCACUGCUCAUGUCCAUUCAUUCAGCUUGAUGUGAAAUAAAAGAAACAAAAUACUAAAAAUAUACAAAAUAA